CGGCGCAGUCAGGAGGUCAGAACUCGCACAGCAACCCAGUCCCCUGGCUGGAACAGCCCGGCUGCUCUCAGGGGAGUUUAUAAUUUUGUGGGAAUGGGAGAAAAUGAGCCCAGUGCAGGCCAGCCAGGCUCCUGGUUACAAAUCACCUGACAGAAAGAUCAUGAAGAAGUAGUUGUGGGACAUGUGCUCGGCCGUCACUCCGGUUAUUCCACAGCUACUUCCCAGCGAGCAAGUUGAGAAAUAGGAACUGCCUUCCACUGGAAGCUCCUUGGGAUAAAAAGAUGGCCUAUCACAAGGUGAACGCAGAGCAGAGAGCACAGGGGCACUCUCCAUACCUGGACAGUGAUGAGCUCCAGGCCACAGCGCUGGAGCUGGAGUGGGACAUGGAAAAAGAGCUGGAGGAGCCUGGCUUCGACCACUUCCGACUGGACAGUGCAGCCCAGCCCCACCUGGGCAACUCCCAGAGCCCCGACCUCGACCUGGAGCCCAUCCAGCCCUCCUCUUCUCCAAAGGGAAGAUUCCAGAGGCUCCAGGAAGACCCCGACUACAUCUCCCACUACACCAGACAGGCGCCAAAGAGCAACCGCUGCAGCGUUUUUCGGAUACUGAAAGUCUUUUGCACUGCUUUGAUUUUAUUUAUUUUUGGGAUUGUGAUAGGAUAUUAUGCACGCAAGAAAUGCCCUUCUCCCCCUGCAUCUCAAGAACCAAAUAAUCCUCAUAUCUACCAUGAAAUUCUCAAGGAAAUCAAAGCUGAAAAUAUUCAACGAAUUUACAGAGAGUUGCUGGAGUUCCCCAGAGAGGACGAUGCAGACACUGCAGUGCGGAUCCUGGGCCAGUGGCGCUCCCAAGGCCUGGAAGAUGUCCGGCUGGUGAAUUACUCCGUUCUGCUUGACCUGCCAGGCCCUUCCCCAAACACAGUAACUCUGCAGAACAGCAGGGAAUGCUUUUAUCCAAGUGGACAGCAGUGCAGCAGAGACCCCAGAACAGCUCACAGCCAAGACCUCCUGUACUCGUACGCGGCUUAUUCCGCCAAAGGAACCCUCGAGGCAGAGCUGGUUGAUGUCCAGUAUGGGACCAUGGAAGACCUGAUCCGGGUUCAAACCAUCACAAACGUGACCAAAAAAAUUGCACUUUUGAAGCUGGGACAAUCACCUUUGCUGUAUAAGCUUUCUCUGCUGGAAGAUGCAGGGUUUGGUGGUGCUCUCCUGUACACUGAUCCCUGUGAUUUGCCAAAGGCUGCAGACCUUGCUGAGAAAGCUUUCAUGGUCUCCUUGAACAGCGGGGGAGAUCCCUCCACGCCUGGUUAUGCCAGUAUUGAUGGAAGCUACAGGCAGAAUCGACCGAACCUCACAACGCUGUUGGUACAACCAAUUUCUGCAGUGCUUGCCAGGAAACUUGCUUCCCUACCUGAGGACACUGCCCAAAAAGACAGGGGGUGUACACCCCUGCAGCUGCCAGCUGCAGGCAAAAAAAUAAUCAGUCUGAACAUUCAGUCUGUCACAACUUACAAGACAAUUUCUAAUGUCAUUGGUUAUCUGAAAGGAGCUGUAUUUCCUGACAGAUACAUCAUCGUUGGUAGCCACCACAGCAGCCUGAGGGGUUUUGGUGGGCAGGGCUGGGCCAGCAGCUCUGCUGUCCUCACAGCCCUGCUCCAGGCCCUGAUGCCAAAGGUGAAGAGGGGCUGGAGACCUGACAGGACCCUGCUCUUCUGCUCCUGGGGAGGAACAGCCUGGGGCAACCUGGGCUCCUACGAGUGGGCUGAGGAUCUCAGGAGUGUUCUUCACAGGAAUGCUGUGGCCUAUGUUAGCCUCCACAACCCAGUCACAGGCAACUCAACUUUACACCCUGUUGCAUCCCCUUCUCUUCAGCAGCUGGCAGCAGAGAGCCAGAGUUUCAACUGUGUGGAAAAGGUUAGAUGUCCAGGAUCCAAUGUGAGCUCUGUGCAGAUGCAGGGGGAUUCAGAUUAUUUCAUCAACCACCUCGGAGUACCUGCCACGCAGUUUUCCUAUGAGGACAUCAAAACAUCAGAGAACUCCAGCUUUCUCUCUGAAGCUCUUUUUCCUGUACAUGCAACCAAAACUGAGGAGCUGGAUCCCUCCUUCAGCCUGCAUGAGACCAUUGCAAAGCUGACAGGACAAGUGACUUUGCAAAUUGCCACUGAUCCAGUUUUGCCAUUUAAUGCCCUUGACAUCGCCCUGGAAGUCCAGAACAGCCUGAAAGGUGAUGGAGCAGGCGUCCCUCAGCUGCUGGCGGCGGCGGCGCGCCUGCGGGACACGGCGGAGCUCUUCCAGUCGGACGAGAUGCGCCCGGCCAACGACCCCGGGGAGCGAGCUCCUGUCAGAGUCAGGAUGCUCAAUGAUGUGCUGCAAGGCCUGGAGAAAAGCUUCCUGCUUCACCAAGCUCCUCCAGGGCUUUACAGAAAUAUUCUUUACAGACUGGAUGACAGGAGCAGCCAGUUUUCAGUACUGCUGGAGGCACUGGAGCACUGCAAACUGCAUCAGUCAAAUGAGACCGUUCAAGCAGCCUUGUCGGAGGUGCUGAACAGCAUCAAUUCAGCUCAGGUUUACUUCAAAGCAGGACUUGAUGUGUUUGAGACUACCUUAGCUGGAAAGAAAUGAGAGGAUUCUCUGCAUUCUAAGACAUUUGUUUACAACUCACUAAACAAAAGUUGGACUUGGACCAGAAUUGCUCUGAGGAUCAAACCUCGCUCAGCCUUCCCUUCAGCUGGCGCUUAAAGGUACUGCAACACGUGGGUUAAGAAAUGUAAAACAGUAUUUUGCACUCUUCACAAUGUAUCUCAGAUGUCUGUUCCUGAAUGUAUGAAACCUAAAGAGAGGGAAUAACACUUCAGAGAUGAUUUUUGGAAGGACAUCUGCUGUAUUUUUGUAUGUAAAAUAUGUUUUUAUGACUGAGAGCUCCAUCUUGCGAAGUACCGAGCCCUGGUUCUGAGACAGCCCAGAUGUGCACCCAGGGGAGAUUUCCUCUGUCAGAAAAAUCUGACUCACAUUUCUUAAUGUUUUCAGCAAGCUCAUGUUCUUCCUUACUCCGUUCAGAGUAAGAAGGAUGUGGUGUUUCCAUGGGUAUCCAGCACCAGAGUGGAGAUGCACAGAACACCUUUACGGGUGCAAUCCACCACCUUUACUCCUGUGGAACAAUAAAUACCUCAGUUCUGAGAAUACAGAUAAACUUUGAUUCUUCCAUUUCUGUAUGAAAAUAAAGAGCUGUUUUCUCUAAUUUUUCUUGGAGAAGAAAUUUUUGUGAUUAUUUCAGAUUAUUUGAAAAGUGUAAACCGGUAAUUACACUCGCACAAAAAUGCUUUGGAUGUUUAUGCUGAAUGAAAGAACUGCCUGGUCUUUAUGAGGCUGCAGGCCUUACAAAUUUUCACCAGACAUUCCCAAAACAUCCCAGUUCAAGGUCUCUAGAUCUCCAGAGAGCUGUAAAUGGAAGCAAGACCUCCAGGUCUCCUGGGAAAGGUUUUGGGAUUCCAUCACUCUUUGCCACGCCACCCGCUGUUCCAGGCUGGGUCAUUCCAUCAGGCCUGGCAUGUAGGACCUGGAUGGUUGUCAAAAAAGCACAAGGAAAACACAUUCAUUCCCUGCUGUAGAACCAGGAAUUCAAGUGUGGAGGCACAAGCUGGUGAAGCAUAUUGCAGAGCUAAAAUGGAAAUCUGUUUUUCCAUUGGUAGAAGGCUCUAAUCACCAUUGCCUCUUGGCCAAAGUUAUCUGUGAGUGAAAGGAUCAGAGGCUCAGUGUCCUCUGAGGGGGUGCUAUACACAUUUCAGAACUGCAGGUCUUAAUAAUAUAAAGAGUUGAAAUUGUUAAUCCCUAUUUUGGGUUUUGCAAUCUCUAAUGACUCUAGGUUUGGUGCCUAAAUAAUUAAUUUUAUAUAGCUACCUUAGAAUUUAAAUAUAAUUUAUUUCAUGGAAAUGUUAAAUGUAUUGUUACUCAGUUUGCCGUGUAAACAUUACAGCAACAUUUCAGGUUGCAAUAAAAAUGAAAAAAAUGUAUUUAUUAGUGUUUAAAAAUAGCCUUCAGGAAAAUUUCUGAGUGCACGACUUGGUGAAAAACUUUUUCAAGUUCACGCACCAGUUCUGUUUAGUGCAGAGAGAGUUUGACUUCUGGAGAAUAACAUUGUUUGUGAUGUAGGUUCACCCCCUUGUUCAUGUCGUUUUUAUUAUUGAAAGAUUUAAGUGGUUGGAAUAUCCACAUUUGAAUUGUGUGUUUAUUCUGAGGACUUGGGGAUGUACUUGUAUUGUGUUUGUGACAGGGACCACUCUUCUAACAGUUCAUUAAGUGGCACAAUUUCUUUAGAGUGCUGCCUCACUGUGGAGCUUUCGGUGGCAUUAAAUGAUAAAUGGUCAGGUGCCAUUAGGAGAACAAAAAGAGAUUAACACCUUCAUUAACUCCACCAGGUGAAUUUAAUAACUCACCCUUAGAAUGUUCCACCAAACCCACCUCUAAUGCAACCAGAGUGUACUCAGCAAAAUCAGUGAAAUCUGGUGGGAGCAGCAUCCCUCAUGGAUGAUUUCUCAACCCUGUAAUUCCAAAAUAAAAUAUUUAUCUUGUUUUCUCACUGAUGUCCUGUAACCACUUCUAAAAUAGCAGACUCCAAAGUACUCCAUUAGAAAAGCACUGCUGUUGUAAAUGUCUGUCCAUUUUAGAGACAAUCAGAUGUUCUUGUUGGUGAGAUGAAUCAGAUGAUUGUAGGCUUUUAUUUCAAUGUUCAGAUCUUACACAUAUAAGUGAGUGCUCAGUGAUAAUAUUUGUACCAUUAUAGCUUGGAAAAAAAUACACUUUUGAGCCAUAUCCUUCCAUUGAUUUUUAAAUCCUACCUAUUGACUUCAAGGAAUUUAUAGCAAGGUCCUAAGCACCCAGUGUGCUUCUAACACAGAGUUUUUGCCCAACCAGCUGUGGAACAUCACCUAAAGGAAGGUGUUAGUAAAUCAUAGCAGAUUUGACUUCAUUCCUGUGUUGUACUGGAACAGAGUGCCCUUAAAGGCAGAAGUAUGUUUGCAAAUUGCCUGAAUGAUACUAAAAAUGUGUUGGCUUUUCAGAAGCAUCAAUUGCCAGAGACAGUAUAACAAAUGCAUUGAUUGCUCCUUAAUCUAGAGUCAUGCUCACAGUGACCAGAAAAUCCCUGCAGCCUGCAAUGUUUGUGUGUUGAGACAGUUGAUAAUAAAAAGCCAAUAAGGUUUUAUUAGUAUGUAUUUUAAAGAGUCCAUAAAAAAGCUAAAGUACAAUCAAGUCAGAUGAAUAGAAAGUACAUGGGAGCUGGAUUUUGAGUACUAGCCUUAAAAAAGGCAGUGAAUUGUUUUUAUCAUCCAGGAGAAAUGGUACCUUUGCAAAUAUGCAAACACCCAAAUGCCUUAUGUCUUCAAAAGGCUGUGCAAACUUUAAUUUACUUGCAGUGAUAUGAUACAUCUACAUAAACACAGAUGUAAAUAAUUACAUGAGAAAAUUAGCAAACACUUUGCAGUGCCUCACCUUUUGGAAAGUAUUUCAGCCUAGAGAUGUAAAAAGAGGCACUGCAGCUGACCUCAGUUCUUGCAAGAGUGGGUGGGGAAAGGUUAAAUCUCAGAUAUUACAGAAAGAACCAGUGGAGGUCACCUAUUCCAGCCUCCCUGCUCAAGCAGGGUCAGCUGCAAACAGCCUCGCAGGAGGGGCUGUGUUCAGAUUAUUGGUGAAUACCUCCAGGGAUGGGGAUUCCUCAGCCUCUCUGGGCAAUCUGUGCCAGCAUGGUCACCCUCACAGGAAAAGUGUUUCAUUCCUUGUGGAAACAGCUCCUCCAAAUUUCUCCCUCUGUUUCUGGGUUGUUAAAUUAUUGUAAUUAGUUUAAUGGCAAACAUUCAAAAGGUAACCAUGAUUUCAUUUAUUGAAAACUCUUGGACACCAUCUCUAGGAUCUCACAGGUAUAAUAUGUUGGAAAGUUUGCAUGAGGAGAUUUGUCCUUCAAGCCAUAAAGUUUUUUUUUUUAAGUCAUAGAAACUAAUGUCCUUAUCUUUUGAGGUCUUUUGUGCAAUCCCUGAUCCCCAGUCACAGGAUUUCUCUAUACUUUAGGAGGCAGAUGGAGAGCAAAAGAUGCAUUACCAAAUGCAGGGAGGGAAAUCACCCAUCAGCACAUGUGUGGCCAUAAAUGCAUCUGCUUUACCCAAACUUUGGGGGCUCAUGUGUUGAGUGGAAAGGAAGGUGAGAGGAUUGCAUGGCUCGUUGUGCCUUCAAAAGCUGUUAGAUGCCAUAAAAAUGUCUGGUCUGUGUUCUCCAAGGAGCAGUCCAGAUUUCCCUGGCAGGCCCUGUGCUAGGAGCUGUGUCUGUGUCACUCAGGGGUGGACACCUCUGUGUCCCUGUCUCGGCAAACUAAUUCAGUUUGGGAGAUGUUCUUUCCUUUUGCCACAUUUUAGCCAGUCCCAGAAAAGACACUGAUAGGAAACAAAUCCUGUUUCAAGAUUUCUGGGACCUGAGUUUGGGAAACAGCCUUGUACAGCACUGUGAAUGUUCAGAACAAAGUAAGGUGGUGUCUUUUGGAGCUCUGAAUCUAUGAAAUUUGAGAUAGGGUCUCCAGCAGCAUAAGUAAAUGUCUCAAAUAUGGAAUACAGAUAUAUUUGUGGUCUAUUACAUGUUGUAAUAGUGAUAAAAAUUACUUGGAUACCAAUGCAGUGAUAGUUUGGGGUGGCUUUAACCAUCUGGCUGGUUUUUCCCUUCUAACACCAUCUUCUCUAAUCCAUUCACCUUCUCUCACAUCUUUUUGCAAUGUGAUGAUUUUUCCCAUCCCUCACCACCUUUUUCUCAGCCAUUCCCUCUGGUUUUCUGUCUCCAUUUUACUUCCUUAUCGCUUCUUAAGCUCCCCUUUAAUUUGCCAACCACCAGGUUAAUCCCCCUCUUUUCCCUCUCUGAUCUCAGUCAUGUCUUUUGUUCCCCAUUCAGUUCUCAGCUCACCUCCCUCCAGUUUAAAUUAUUGUUCCUGGUAUAGCUGACCAUAAUAAAGAGCUCAAAGUGGUGGAAAAGUCCUGCUCAGAUCCAAAUGGAUAAAGUGUAAGGAGACAUCAUCUGUUAAAUUCAAAGUAUUCACUUCUGAGUGCAUGCAAGCAGCAGGUUUUCAGUCAUAGCUAGACUGAAUGGAAACAGAUUUUUUUCCUAAAUUCUUUCUCUCUAAUGUCUGGACCAGGAAAUUCCCUCAAAAGUAGCAGUGUAGAAAGGUGAUAAUCUUGAAUGUUCUGAAAUAAACUUCUGAAGUUUAUUUGAAUCCAAUUCUGAGGUUGGAUGAACAAGAAAUUAUAGACAAAGAAUCAGAAUUGGUACUACCAAAUACAACAGGCAGUAUCUAAGCAUGGAAUUUCUCUUUCCUUGCAGGACCCAUCCAGCAUUCUCUACAUGUUGGCCACAUGCCAAACUCAUGUGUGUGAUUAUGCUGUCGUGCAGUGUUUUACAUUAUUAGGGGUGACAGGGACUAAAGCCACGUGCACAAACUUGUACUUGAACAUGCACAUUUGAGCCUAGCAAGUGCCUAAGAAUAAUGAAUGCUCCUCCAGGAAGCAAAGGCUUUAAAAAUAUCUAAAUUAGACUGCAUGUUGACUAAAGCUGUGGUGCUGUUAAGCCUUUGGUUUUUUUCCUAAUUAUAAUCCCUCUGCUGCUGGUUAUUUCUACUAUUGCUCAUACACACUUGUCAUAACUGGAGAGAAUGUACACCUGCAUGGAUUUGCAAAAAAGAAAAUGUUGCUCCUCAGUCUUACUGACCUUCCUGGACUGUUUUUUUUCAACAGGGUUGACUGUACCAUAAUUACUUACCAGGGUACUAUUGCACAGAAGCAAGGUCAGCAGAUUUGGCCACUAUUCAUGGAAUUUCCCAAAAGAUCUGGUAGCAGAAGAUCAAUUAUUUCUGUUUAGUCUAUUUUCUUUCAUCUCUCAACAUAGAUUAUUACAAGCAAGAAUUUUUUUUUUUUUAUAGGUGGAGUCUCUUAAGUAAGUCAAUGUUAAGUAAGCCCAGAGGGCAGAAUAUGAAUGUGUAUGUACAAGUGAUAUAAUCUAGAAUUAACUUUAUACCUAUUACAAAUGUUGGAUUAAUGCAGACAUACUUCACAGGUUGGAAUUAAUACAAGGGCUUAAUUUAAGAAAUUAAAUCAGAAUACAGGUGUGGAACAGCAGUUUUGCUGUGUAAAUGUAGUGUAUGCUUCCUCAUCUGCCUAAUCCAUUCAGUUAAAAAAAUAGGGUUUUAUUUAAGAUGCUUCUCUCUGAUUUAUGUUCCAGCAAGCCUUGGAAAAUGAAGUCUUGGUCUUUCUUUUUCUUUUAAAUGUGUGCUGCCUUUAAUGUUUAUGGAAUGAUUCUCAAGUGUUCAGACAGUGUAACACCACCUUGUCUGAUCACUCUUAUAUUAUUUGAUGGGAUUGAGUGGAAUUUCAAAGCAUGGUCUUUGGCAGAAGGUCCUUUACUGACUGUUUCCAUAUAUGAUAUUAUGUAUUGGAGUGGCUGCCUUUCCCAUGCAGUGCUGUAGAUGUGCAGUGGGAUGCUUUGAGGCAUUAAUUUACGAGAAUUUUUAUUUUUUCAGUCAUUUUGCAGAGACCUGUUAAUUUUCUCCUGUUUGAGGCUGUGCUCCCCUGCCCAUGCUGCUGACAGAGCAGUGCAGAACCAAGUUCUGUUAGCACAGGUACAUGGCAUAUUGAGGUUUGUCUGAGUGCAUUUCCAGUUUUUAAUUAGUGUCCCUGGUAGCCCCACUUUGCUUUUGUGCAGCACAGUCCUGAUAGCAGUGUGAGUGACCCCAAGGAGAGGUGGAUGGUGACUUUUUGGUGAACUUGCUGCAGAAACUGCUGAUGCCCCUAUCCUUAACAAAAGUAAAUAAAAUACUUGACAAGGACUUCCCAAACAUUUGGUGUUUUCAGCCUGUACACUGAGGAUUCUGAAAUAGUUUUGGAUACAGCUUGGUUCUUUUUUCAUGCAGUCUCAUUUCAUGUUCUCAGCAGCUGAAACACCUUGUAGUGUAUGAAUCCACUAGAGGGGAAAUAAGGAGAUCCUUCAUAUUUUGUACUUAGAGCAAAUAAGAUGAACACAAAUUCCCUGUGUUUUCCAUUUGCAGUUUGCAUGAGUUAAUAUGCAACAUGCUCUUAUCACACAUACUGUGAUUUGCUUUUCUGAGACAAAUAGAAGAUGAAUGUGAUUCCCUAUCCAGAGGAACUAUAUCCAAUUUAGGGAAUGUUUCACAUCCAAGCAUCUUAACUGCUCGCACACACUGUGAGCAAGCACAAGUCAAGGUACUUGAAACAGAUACUUUUGGGGUCUUAGCAAGGUGUGGAAAAUAAUAUUCUCCUGUGUUAGGGCAGAUUUUAGCCUUGCAUUCAUACCCAGGGGUGUGUUAAUAUCCUGUGUGUCCUCAUUGCUGUACCUGUGAGAUUAAAGCUCAGGGGCUGUUAUCAGUGCCCAUGCUGCUCUCAGUACAAACUGAGCAUUUUUUUAGGCAGUAGCACCUUGCAGAGUUUACCUGCUCAGAUGGAAUAUGUAAGCAUUUCUGCCUUUUGUAUGCAAAAGAGCACCUGUCAAGUUGUCUUACCUUUCUCAAGCCUUGACACAGAAUUUGAGAGGCCUGAGUGAUGACUCUGUCAUUCCAUCUACUCUACAUUUUCACGUCGUGAAAUCACGUUGCCAAAAAUGGUAGCUAGUCAAUGCAGAAUAUUAAGUAACUUUUUUUUUUUUUUUUUUUUUCCAUGAAAUAAUUUAAACUUGGUGCAGUGAUUUCUGGAAACCAAUAAAUACCAUGCUGUGUGGAAAUGUGCAAUGAAAGGUUGAUUUUUAUAACACUUUAUAGAAUGUUGAGUCUGAAUAAAACAGCUUAUUUGCAAAAUUAGUUUACUUUGUAUCAAUCUGUAUUUUUAUAGCACAGUGCAAUAAAAAAGAGAACGUUGGCCAUUAAUGUAAGUAGAUUCUGCAUACUUUGAUUAAGAAGCACAUUUUAUUUGCUUAUGUUCUGAAUAUGAUUUGGGGAGUUUGUGAGAGUGUUUGUACAGAAAUCACUGUGGGCUGGAAUUCAGUAAGAAGCAUUUUGUGAAAGCAGAGUGAGUUAGACAGUGUUUUUUCCAUGGUUAUAUUGUUGCCAGAAAUCAAACUGGAAUAUGUAGAUGUGUCUAAUGUACAUUGCACUGAAUGGCUUGGAAUUAUAUUCAUUUGCUUUUUU